AUGACUUCCAUCACCUCGCUUCCCCCCGAAAUCUUGUCCCAGAUUCUCUCCCUGAGGCUAUUAUCAAGAUCAGAACUCACAAAAUGCGCCCUUGUCUGCAAAGACUUCAAUACUACCGUCACAGCUAACUUGUAUCGAGACCUCUGCUUCGAUCUCCCGCAUUUCCGAUAUGGAAUGGAAGAACACCUGGAACGCAAUGAGCAGCUGCAUAAAAUUCAACUCCUGACCAAUCAGUUGGCAGUCAAUCAGAGACUCGCGGAUCGUGUACACAGCUUAGUCCUUCAUGGCUCCUCCAACUGGCUUUCCGAAAAUGUCGCUUUACCUAGCCUACCAGACCGCCUUGCUCCUCAAGAAGAUGCGCCCCUUGACCACCAGACCUUCUUGAAGCAUACUCCUGUUCCUCUUCCACAGAUGGUAUCAAAACUAACCCAAUUGAAAGUACUGAAUUUGGAUGUUGGGUUCUCAAACUUGUUGCGAAGGCAGGCAGUAUACUUUCCGAAACUCCAAGUGGUCGUGCUCUGGAGUCUUAAUGAGAGGUUCUCCCACAACCACUUCUGGAUGGCCCAGCCGAAUCUCCUCGAAAUCUGUUUCAAUCAUGGAAGCGUUAGCAUUCCACCGGACUUUGAUUGCUACAAUUCUAGCGUGAGUAAAAUUGUUCUGGACUCGAAUCGUGGAUUUCCCUCCAAUAUUGCAAGAUUGGUGCAGGCGCCUAAGGCUCUGAAAUCCUUCAAGUGGCGAUUUUACUCCAACUGCUGCCUUCGAGCAUGUGCGCAUAGGAGCAACAAAUUGAAGGGUAAUAAAGUGAUACCUGGAUGCUACAAGCUGCAAGACAGCGUCAAUUCCAUUCUCACGCAUAUCCGCCACUCACUUCAAACUUUGGUCCUCACCUAUGGUCAUCACUCAACGCGAUGUUCUCUCAGUCCUGUUCUCAUACCAUCAAUGCGUGGCUUUGAUCAAUUAAGAGAGCUCAGGAUCGAAGCUUCAAUGCUAUUGGGAAGCCAGACUUGCCCGUCGCGCGACUCCGUAAGUACAAACAUUUUUCGUCCCGGGUACGAACUCGCCGGCAUCAUUCCAACGUGUCUGGAGACACUGCACCUGGAAGUUGAACGUGAGCAAAUGGACCGUGAUGAGAAGAACUACUGUAAAGAUAUUGUUCGUGGGAUUGUUCAGCGCCAGAAGAAACGCGACCUUCAUUUGGGUCAUUUCAUCAUCGAGGAGAUCAAUCCACGAUAUGCGAGUAAUUGCCAAUGCGUGCCGAAAGAUCUUUGUCAUCGAGCAAGAUCGCACAUUGAGAUCAACUGGAAUCUGGGGAGUAUCUGGGAGAUGGAAAAGGCAUGCACUGGCGUUGGUAUUCUAUUGUCUUACAUUUGGCGGCGUGGGAGCUUUGAAGAUCCUAUCAAGUUAAUCCUUAGGUCUGGCGGUCUCUCCUUACAUGCCACUACGGAACCUUGGGACUGGACAAUGGUUGGUGUAUGA